CUCCUUCAAAGCCGCCUGAGUGGACAUCCGUCUCACGCGCGAUGGCCGACUCGCCGCAGGAGGGCAACCAGUGUCGUAUAUGCUUCGACGGUGAGGACCCCGAGCUGGGACGACUCAUUCGGCCUUGUCUCUGCAAGGGAUCCAUCAGUCAUGUUCACGUUAAGUGCCUGCAUCGGUGGCGCAACUCGUCAGCGAACCGUAGUACAUUCUACUCAUGCACCCAGUGUGGUUACAAGUACCAUUUCGCUCGCACCCGCGUUGUGGGGAUUGCGACCAAUCCAGUCGUAGUCGCUGCAGUUUCGUCUCUCCUAUUCACUAUCCUCGUCCUGUGCUGCUCUUUCAUCACAACUUCACUGUUGCCAGACGAUGAGAGGGAGACAACAACAUACUUGUAUGGGGUCUACUCGCCAGUCGAUGUCAUUCAGGGACUAGUGCGGGCAACCGUUAACACUUUCGUUGAUGAUAAGCUGCUCGACGAUACCAUCCUCUCGAAGGGGCCGCCCUCUUCUCAUAUACGCGCUCCUGGAAAGCCUCCAGGCCUUCUGAAACGGCUUGUGCGCCGUUUCCUCCUCGGCUUACCUGUCGUCGGGGCAGGCUCGAUUGCUCACAUGCUCCUGUCUAUACCUUUGCCAUUCCAUUGGGUCAGACUCAGGACAAUCAAUCGCGGGCGAGACUCGAGGGAUAUUAUGGCUCUGAUAAUUGUCACUGUGGUAUUGAUUGGUGCUGCUAGAGCACUGUACAAAGUGUACCGACUGACCGAGAGACUCACGCAGCGUCUUCUACUACGCGCAGAGGACGCAAUCCUCGAAGUCGCUUAACCUAUGAACAUCAAAGUCCUGUAUUAUAUUUAUGUUGCUGUCGUUCUUGCUGUUUUCUGGAAAUUCUUGUACUAAAUCUGCUUCCCUGGAGCUACAUAUCAUACUCAUCACAAUUGCACAUCC